UGGCCCCAUGUGGGCUUAUAUCUUGGCCCACGAGAAUGCUGUUCCCCUGUGGAGAUCCCUGAUGGGACCCACCAAAGUGUUCCGAGCCCGAAACAGCGUCCCAGACUCCAUCCGAGGAUCUUAUGGCCUCACUGACACCAGGAAUACCACUCAUGGCUCAGAUUCACCAGCGUCAGCCAGCAGAGAGAUUGCCUUUUUCUUCCCAGAGUUCAACGAAGAGCUGUGGUACCAGCAGGAGGAGCCACGCCUGCGCUGGGGGCCGGUGCAUUACAACGCGGAGGAGCGUGUCCACGCCGUGCCCGGGGCUGGAGGCACGGAGCUGACCCCAGCCCCCCCGGG